GUUUUUUGUUUCUUUGUUGGGAUUGAAAAUGGUCCCUACUUUACAUUGGUGAGAGUGGAAGCCUAGCUAAUAAGAUAUAUAGAGAAGAGAUGGAACCCCAAACGAAGCAGAUGACACGCAAUGCCUGCCUAUAAUAAAUAAAAGUAAUUAAUACGCAGUCGUUUCAACACAUAGUUUUUCUGAUCCGAUCACCAAAACCCUAGAUUUCAUCACCCCCAAUUUUCUUCCGAUUCAGACUACACACAUACAGAUUUCACUGAUCGAAUAGUUAAUUUGAAACUUGGAGAGAAGAGGCGAGGCAAUCGAAAUUUGAUUAUUACUCUUGAAUUUUAGAGAUAGAAAGUCUGAAUUUUUAGGGAUAAAGGUCACAAAAUGCAGGGACGGAGUCCCCCGAAGCACAGGCACGAUGGGACUUCGCCACUGCCACUUGGGAUGGAUUGGAGUCCUCCCCCUAGAAAAUGGAAUGGCCGAGACACGGUUUGGCCUCAUGAUUCUCGCACUGGCUGGAGUUACUGUGUUACUAUACCUUCUUGGGUUGUCCUUCCAAAAUCAAGAGAUUCAGAUCCUGUAGUGUUCUACAGAGUUCAUGUUGGUGUGCAAUCACCAGAAGGAAGUACUACAACUCGUGGAGUUCUGCGAAGAUUCAAUGAUUUCUUGAAGUUAUUCAGUGAUCUUAAAAAAGUGUUUCCAAAGAAAAAUUUCCCAUUGACCCCACCCAAGGGGCUACUGCGAAUGAGAAGUCGGGCUCAGUUGGAAGAGAGAAGAUGCUCCUUAGAGGAAUGGAUGACGAAGCUUCUGUCUGAUAUUGAUGUGUCAAGAAGCGUUAUUGUGGCAUCUUUUCUUGAACUUGAAGCUGCUGCUAGGUCGUCAUUCCAAGAUGUACAUCCGCAGACUUCAGAAGGCAAUUCUCAUGAUUUGCCUACCCAGUCAAGCUUGCCUGCCAUUGUUGGUAGUUCAUCAAUAACAUCAGAUUAUGGAAGUGAUACUGCUUAUGAGGUAUCCGAGAUGGGAACUCCUAGGCUAGGAAGGGAUGACAGUUAUGACAUGGGUAUGGAGGAUCUGGCAUUGGAUGAGGUUUUGACAAGCCCGAUAGAAAAUCUUGUAAAGUAUGGCAUGUCUAAUAUCGACGAGGGUUUGUUUAUGGGGCAGACUAUUUUAGACCAAUUGGAAGGCCUUCCUCGGAGUAAAGUGCAAGCCAGACAUUUCAACAAUGUUGUAGGGAAGAAUGUAUAUAAUGGAAACGCUUCUAAAACUUCAUUCUUAUCUAGUAACGGAACAGAUCUUUUCUCUGAGCAAGAGAUUAAUAAAGUAAUUGCUCAUGCUCGCAAGCUAUCAAAUGACAGUGUGGGAAGUGAUGCAAGUUCUCUUAGAGGUAGUGAAAUGUCUAUAUCCGGGAUUCCAAAUUCAUCUGGAGAAGGUUCUCUUGACCUUCUUGGAGGUGCUGAAGUUUCAAGCAGCAUGGAGACUCUUGGCAACUCAGAAAUGCAUGCUUCAGGAGGUGGUGCUCGGUUAGUUCUUCCAUUAGAUCAGCGCCAUAAAUUGAAUAGGAUCCUUCUGACAAUGCAGCGAAGGCUAGUCACAGCAAAAACUGAUAUGGAGGAUCUUAUAGCAAGACUAUAUCAAGAAAUGGCUGGCAAAGACUACCUUACAACAAAGGUUAAGGAUUUGGAAGUGGAACUUGAAACUGCUCGACAAAAGGGUAAAGAAAACCUGGAGCAAGCUAUAUUGAUUGAGAGAGAAAGGUUCACCAAAAUGCAGUGGGAUAUGGAGGAACUUCGGCAGAAGUCCUUUGAAAUGGAGUUAAAAUUGAGUUCGAAGUCUGAAAAGGAUGAGAAAUCAUGUGUGAAGUCAGCAAGAAGUUCAAUCGAUCUAGAUAAAGACAUUUUGCUGCAGGAAUUGGAUUCUUCCAAGGAGCAGCUUGAGAUUUUGUCGAAGCGAUAUGAAGACUUGGAAGCAAAAUCCAAAGCUGACCGCAAAGUCCUUGUUAAAGAAGUCAAAUCUCUUCGAAAUUCACAAUCACAAUUGGAGGAUGAGCUCAGUAACUCCCUCAAGGAGAAGGCAGAAGCUGAGAAACUUCUUAAACAGGAAAGACAACGGAGUGAGCAGCGUGAAAAUGCUAGGCAAAAGUUACUGCAUAAGUGCAGGAUUCUUCAGAGUAAACUUAAGGAGUGCAAUCUGAAUUUAGCUGGGGCUUUUGAUGAUGUUAGUCCCUGUCCAUCAGUAAUGGUGGCUUCAGGUUUCUUGGCAUCAGAUGACCAAAUUAACUCUCUUCUUACAGAGGCUGAACUUCUAGGGGAAGAAAAUGGAGAUUUUGCUUCUGAGUUGGAGGAUAGUCACGAAAUGGUCAAUGAUCCAACGACAACAGACGAUGAGUUGCGCAAGACAUUAGCCAACAUCUUUAUCGAUAACGUUAAGCUAAGAAAACUGCUGAGCUCUGUUUCAAGUCGCGCUCCCAAAAUGGAUUGCGAUAAAGAUGAGGAAGAGCCCCAAGAGAAUUUGUCUUAUGAAUGAGUGAAACAGAGAUGAACAUGAUUUUCGAGUAUGAUCCAGUACAUGGGUUUUGCAUAAUCAUUCUUCCAUUUCUGCUUAAGAAGGGAAGAAAGAGAAAGAGAAAAAGAAAAAGAAAAAAGAUAACAUGGAACUAAGAAAAAUAAAAUAAAGAAACUAUUUGUUUCUUCUUAUAGUAGUUUAUGAAAAACAAGAGAAAUUACACUGCAUAUACGAAAUCUUCAAGGAAUCAUCUUUGUAAUGUGUACUGUUUUAUUAACUUAGAAUGAAUAUUAAUGAAAAAGGGAGACAAUUAGAGGGGAAAAUGUUGUAAAAUUAAAUUGCAGUUUGCUCAUUGACAUAACUGCAUCCAUUUAUGUAGACGAUGACUGUCAUUCUAUUA